AGGUGCGGUACGUGCAUCAGGUGCUCCAGCACCUGCAGCGAACGGACUCCUGGUUCCGCUCUCCGCGGCCUCCUCCGCCGGUGCCCGCUCCCCCGGCCGAGCUGUUGUCCUUGAGCUUCGAAGACGGCUUCUUCGCGCAUCCCGAGAAGCUCAAGCGCGUGCGGAUCCUCGUCCAGGCCCUCGGAGGUGCCACACCAGCUACUGAGACUACAUUAUUGGAGACCGACGGGUUUGAUCCCACCGAGGCGGUGGUCGUGCCCCUGAGCUGCGUUGUCGUGCAGGGCGACGUCCGCAUCUCCUUCUUCGAGGAGACUGGCCCGGGCGGCAGCGUGCGAGGGGCGCCGCUCGCCGCACCGGGCAGCUUCCACGAGGCGAAGGGGCUGCUGGCCUACUUCUGCUUCCACACGGCGUUCAUGUACCCUGACACGCCUACAGCGGAUAUGGUGGACGAGGAUACACAGGGAACUUUGCGAUUGAACGUCAUGGAGAUCGACAAGGCGUGCAGGAGCGUGCAUACGGCGAGACGGCCAGGCAUGUUCGGGGAGAGCUCCGGCGUCGCGCUGCGCUUCGCCGGCGGCCGCCUGCCGCGGUCGGCGCCGCGCGUGCGGUCCCCGAGCCCGAGCCCUGGCGGUUCCACGAGCGCACGAUGCUCGUCUAGCAGCCCAGCCGCGCUACGCGUGAUGGCCAGCGCUUGGGAUGGUCAAGGCCACAACGCGUCAUCUUCAAAAGACAUCAGCGCCAUGAACUACUCGAAGCAGGGCUGUGGAAGUCCGAUUUCGUUAUAGGGGAGUGCCAGGCCGAGGUGACGAGGGAACAGGACGGAGGGGCAUGUGACAAGGGCUGCCCCCGCGCGAUCCUCAUUUGGCCACUCCGAACCUCAAGCUGGCGCGAGGGCUCCGGGCGCAAGGCCAGGCAAUGGGGCAUGCGGGGGGAAACGCUCGUGCGGAGACCAAGCUCAAGCAUGCGCAGGGUGCGCGUGCGCGCUCCUGUCACAAGGGCAGGGCAGGCCAAGGCAUGAGCCCUUGGCCCACGUGCGUCGUGAAUGGCUCUGGCGUGCAGGCCCUGAUGUCACGACCUGCGCCAAGGAGCGCUGGCAGACUGACUGGGCGCGUCCAAGCCUGUCCUUCACUUACGGGUGGCGUUGCAAAAAUAUGGCUUCCGGUGUGGCGCCGCCGGCCCGCUUGUGGAACGCUAUCCCCCCGCCUAGGGCACAGCGUGCACCGAACAAGUCCUGGCAGGGACCAGCGUGCACAGGAGGGACCCUCGCAGGGGGACCGCCUCGCUGGGAUGACGUGCUUUUCGGAGAUCGAUGCUGCACGCUAUCUUUUCAGCGCCAACCGUACGCGCAGUGGACCUGCGGAGAUCUCUUGCGGGCAAGGGAUGAGGAGAAGUAAGAAGUGGAUGAGCAGCAGUAAGAGGAA